GAAAAAACAAAAGAAACGCUAGUAUGGUAAAGAAAGAAAAGGAUUAUCAGUUAAGGCUAAUUCAGCAUAUAUACAAUCAAAUUCCUGCAUUUACAGAUGUUUUUACAGAGGAAACAUUUUAUAUGUUUGCAGGCACUGUUGUUAUAAGUACAAUUAUUAUUGUUUUCAUUAUUUCCAGAUUUGUUACCCUUAAACCUGUAGAUUAUUAAAUAUGUUUAAAAAAAUA